AUGUGGCGCCGAGCAGUGCUUCUCUUCUACCCCAACAAGAUCGGGCUCAGCAGCUUCUCAGCGGCGCUUCUGAAGUUUGUCAUGGAGGUCGGGCUUGCAGUGGGGCUGAGUCUCAACAGCAUGGAAGAGGUCUUUGGGAUCCUCAUGGAGAAAGGCAAGGUCAAGGGAGAUCUACGUAUGGGCCAAUGCAUGGAGCUUGGAAUGAUGUCGGAGGAGGCGGUUACCCCAAAGAUCAAUGAGAUGUCAGGUGCCGUCAAAGCAGAAGAAGUUGGAAGUGGGGGGAGGCAGGAAAAUGGCGAGGCUGAAAACAACAAGUGUGAUGGAGGUGGAUCUACAGGGGGAAGUGCAGGUGAUGUUCUUCUUCAAGAAGCCACAAAGUUGCUGAAGUCGCUCCGUAUACCACAGGUGAGGGUUGUGAGGGUCUCUCAAAUGAAUGUGGAAGAUGGCAAGGAUUGGGUCCUGCUUGACUCUGGGGCAACACACAGUUUGAGGCCGGCAACAAGUGAUAUCGAGUGGCAAUCAGCUGAAGUCACCGAGGUGCAUCUUGCGGAUGGUGUCACUCAGAGCUUGCGGUUGAAACCUGGGACACGGUGUUUGCUUUCAAGCCCCCAGGAUGAGAACUUCAAAUCAUGGAUUUUGCCGUUGGGUGGCCUCGCUGACAUGGGAUACAGGUUUGAAUGGUCGGGUCAAUCGUCAUGCACACUUCAUGAUCCAGCUGGAGACGGUGUUGAAGUUCGAGUUCAUCAAGGUUGUCCAAUGGUCAGCAAAGACGAUGGAGCAGCACUGAUGAUGAGAUUGGAAAGCUUCUACAUGCGAAUGGUGCAGCGGUGGACGGUCUUGAACAUGAUAAAGCAAGAUCCCAAGAUGCUGACCAACAAGUUGGACCUGGAGAUGGCUCGGAAUGUCAAGAUGAUGGAACUCUGGCCUUCACUACCUCAGGAGAUUGCAAUGAGGCUGGUGCCCAACAUGGGAUGUGACGUGUGA